AUGGCCGAAAUCGAACUUGGCAUCACUGCCGACAUGCACGUCCAUCUUCGUGAUGGAAAAAUGAUGGAACUUGUAGCUCCAACCGUCAGAGAAGGUGGUGUGUCCAUCGCAUACAUCAUGCCCAACUUGGUUCCACCAGUAACCACUAUUGACAGGGUAGUUGAGUACAAAAAGCUGCUCCAAGCAUUGGCCCCAAAAACUACAUUCCUUAUGAGUUUCUAUUUGUGCAAGGAGCUCACGCCAGAACUCAUUAAUGAGGCUGCAAAGCUUGGAGCUAUCCAAGGUGUGAAAUGCUAUCCUGCUGGAGUGACAACCAAUUCUGCUGCUGGAGUUGAUCCAAAUGAUUUCUCGUCCUUCUACGGAAUCUUCAAAGCCAUGGAGGAGAACAACUUGGUGUUGAAUCUUCAUGGUGAGAGACCACCUUCCAAAGAUGAAGAUAUCCAUGUUCUCAACGCCGAGCCCAAAUUCCUCCCAGCGCUCAUCAAGCUCUCUCAGGACUUCCCCAACCUUAAGAUUAUUUUAGAGCACUGCACAACUAAGGCUGCUAUUGAUACUGUUCGCUCUCUUCACAAGGAGAACCCUAACUGUAAGGUGGCAGCUACUAUCACCGCCCACCAUCUCUACUUGACAAUCGACUCUUGGGCCGGAAAUCCUAUCAAUUUCUGCAAGCCUGUUGCUAAAUUGCCUGAGGAUCUUCGUGCUUUAGUGGAUGCUGCCACCAGUGGAGAGCCAUACUUCUUCUUUGGGUCAGACUCUGCUCCACACCCAAUUGAGUCUAAGGCUAGACAUGUUGGCGUCUGUGCUGGUGUUUUCACUCAAUCGCAUGCCAUUGCCUAUGUGGCUGAGAUCUUCCAUGCUGCCGGAAAAUUGGAGAACAUUAAGAAAUUCGUGUCGGACAACGGAGUUGCCUUCUACGGACUUUCAUCUGAUGAUGUGAUCAGCAAAGAUACCGUUGUUCUCGUGGAACGUGAGAAUUACGUUCCGGAGAUCAUCGGCAACGACACCCUCAAAGUUGUUCCAUUCAGAGCAGGUGAAAAAUUACGUUACGCUGUUGAAUGGAGAAGCUAA